AUGCUCCCAGCCAAAGACACCUACAAGUUCCAGCGACGCGGUUCCGUCUUCCAGCGGGAUCUCAACCGCCCCGACACCGAGAGAUGUGCCUGGCAAGGCCCUCCGUUAGACGCCCUCUAUGCUGGUAUCUCGGUGCAAUAUAAAGACUCAGCGGCGGCCAUCGUUGCGAUAGCCAUUCGCGACACGACGUAUCUGCUUGACUUUUACGAGCAUCGCUUCAAUUCCGAGCCAAAGAAGCGGCCUGAUGAGAAAGAUGUGAGCGACUUGAUAGUUGACCAACUGCGACAGUACAGCGAACAGCAUCUCGAGCGCUUCACGGGGCUGGCCAUGCCGCAAGAUGUCGCCGAUCAAUGUCCGCAUUUGUGUUCGCGCCUGUGGCGUGAAUUGGAUAUAGUGCCCAUAGCUUUCAUCGAGGGGGUUCCAUUGUUUACUGAUUCACCUAAUGACCCGAAAAAGUGGAAUGCGCGAUGCAUCGACGAGCUUGCAGAAGCAAUGUCAAGAAGAUGUGUGAGAUUCUUCGGACCGAGCAACAACCCAAUUCUGGACGUCGGGUUCCAAGGCCUCGUCGAAGUGGACUGUGCAUCUCGCAUUCGCAUUGCUACUCUAGAUGACUACGAACCAACGGUUGGGCAUACUACAUGGAGAGCCGUGAACCAUUAUGCUGCAGAGCUCAAAAAGCGUCACAUCAAGAUUGCAUUUUUUAGCGCAACGCCUCAGGGUGGUGGUGUUGCUCUUAUGCGACAUGCACUUGUGCGGUAUGCUCGGGAAUUAGGUAUCGACCUCAAGUGGUAUGUUCCUAAACCACGUCCGGGCGUGUUCCGUAUCACCAAGACAAAUCACAAUAUACUGCAAGGCGUAUCCGCCCCGGGAGAGCGCUUUACCAAGGAACAACAGCAAACCAUCGAAGAGUGGCUACAAGAGAAUGCUCAUAGAUUCUGGCUAUCACAAGGCGGCCCCCUGCGAGCGCCAUCGGAAGGAGGCGCAGAUCUGGUGAUUGUCGAUGAUCCACAGAUGCCCAGUCUCAUCCCCAUAGCCAAACAUAUCGCGCCAGACAGACCGGUCAUCUUCCGCAGUCAUAUCCAAAUUCGAAGCGAUCUCGUGGGUACUCCUGGUACCCCACAGCACGAGGCUUGGGCAUGGAUGUGGGAUCGUAUCCAGCAUGCAGAUGUUUUUAUCAGUCACCCAGUUGAAGCUUUUGUUCCUGCUAAUGUUCCCAAGGAGAAGGUGGGAUAUAUGCCGGCUACUACAGACUGGCUUGAUGGUCUGAACAAAACCAUGCGUGACUGGGAUGUAGCUGCGUAUGGGCGUAUGUUUAAUAUGUUGUGCCACAACAACCGGGCCCCUACUAUCGACUACCCAGAUGAUGAAUAUAUCAUCCAAAUCGCGCGCUUUGACCCAUCAAAAGGAAUCCCCGAUGUCCUUGAGUCAUACGCCCGUUUCCACGAACUCCUCAAGGAGAAGGGACUAGACAACAAACCCCCUAAGCUUCUGAUCUGCGGUCACGGAUCCAUCGAUGACCCCGACGGAAACGUCAUUUACGACGUUACGUUGCGGCAUAUCGAAUCCAAGCUUCCGCACUUGAAGGAUCUGAUCUGCGUAAUGCGUAUAGGACCAUCUGACCAAAUCCUCAACGCUCUUUUAUCCAAGGCCAAGAUUGCACUACAGCUUUCCACCCGCGAAGGAUUCGAGGUCAAAGUCUCCGAGGCAAUCCACAAAGGCAAGCCCAUCAUCGCCAGUCGAGCAGGCGGAAUCCCCUUACAAGUCGAACAUGAAAAGAACGGUUAUCUCGUCGAAGUCGGCGACACAGAAUCAGUUGCAAAACACCUGUUUGACCUCUGGACAGACCGAAACCUAUACGAUCGGAUGAGUAUGGCGGCCUUGACAACCGUGAGCGAUGAAGUUACGACUGUGGGUAAUGCGUUGUGCUGGCUGUAUCUUGCUGAGCAGCUUACAGCCCAUAAGAAGAUCAAGCCAAAGGAGAGGUGGAUCAAUGAUAUGGCGAGGGAGGAGGCGGGACUACCGUAUCGGAAGGGGGAGAAUAAGUUGAAGAGGGCUGUAAAGGUUGAGAAUAUGGGUUAA